UAAAUCGAGCAAAAGAAAGAAACCGUAUUAUACACUCCCGUCUCUGCAACUCCACCCCCACCUAAUCUGCCUCGCCGCCAUCUCCGCCUCCGGCCACCGACUAUUUUCCCUCUGUCAAAUGUCUUUUCUAAUUUCUCAAGUUAUCAGAUUUUGAUUACAUGAAUUGGACAUAGACUGUGAUUGUGGAAGACAGUCAUUGUUGGAUUGAAUUUGAAGUAGAGAAAUCGUUGCAAGCAAUUCUCUUUGUCAUCUACAUAUACAGAUAUAUAAGCUCAAGUAGGAGAAUUACAUUGGUCAGACAAGAUGCCGCAAGUGAGGAUUGUGGCUAGAAACUUUAUGGAUAUGGUGGCAUCCUUGCCUCCGGUGAAACUUGACAAGCUGUAUGAAAAUUCAUUCAUAUGCGAAGCUAUCUUGAGAUCUUUGCCUCCACUAGCAAAAAAGUAUGUGCUGCUGCUUCUGUAUAUAGAGGGUCCAGUAUCAGCAAAGUGGCUGGAAGAAUGGAUUCUUGCUGACGGUGCCUCGAAGCAUAAAGUAGCUAUAGACAGGCUCAUUCAGCUGAGAGUCCUGACUGAAACUGUUGAACGGAAGAAAGAAGCUACUUACCAAUUUAAUCCGCCAUUUCAGCGGAUCUCCAGAAGCACAUACUGCAUGGGGAACAAUGCCGUCAAACGUCACUGUGAGGCUUCCAGUACAGAGGAAUUAGAUGCCUAUGCUGUCGAACAGUGGGAG